GCAGAACACUAGACACAAUCGACUUCCAGAACAGCGAAAUGAAACGUAAAGCACACACAUGUAUCUCGAAAGGGAGAUCGAAAUGUUCUAUGCAGGGUGGCUAGCAUUCGCACGAUCAUAUGUACAUGACACAAUUAACGCAAGCAACAUGCCCCACUCGCCCUCAACUGUCCGCAACUCUGAAGUCAGACAAUAACAGGACAUUUUAACUCUUGACCUCUUUAGGGGCUGUAAAUUGAGCAACCUUCAAGUCACCCGAACCGAGUACUGGUCCCCUUCAUUUUCAACACUUGGUCGCGACCAAAUCCUCGUUGUUCUGAUCCGUAGUGUCACAAGAUACACAGGAUCACUUGUAACGGUGAUUUCAGAAGAUCUGGAAUCAAUAUUGACAGCCUUUUCAUUCAGGGUCAAUUCACACGCCUAUACUAUGAAGCUCAUGCUUCUUCCCGUCCCUUUUGCUACAUUUCUCGGCAACUCUGAUUUCGAAAACGAUGGUGCUGCGUGCAUUAACGGCAAGACUCCCACAGCCCUCAGAGGAACCAAACUUGAGUGAUGAGUCACAUGCGAACAGAAAAAGUGUCACGGGCGGAAAGCAAGUGAGGUUUUUUACACGCGUGGACAGAGCUGGCGCAAGCCAAGCGAAUUCCAGGUCUGCAACGUUGGGACACAUCAGACUUCAAAGGUGUAUAGAGGUGCUCACCCCGUAAUUCAGAACGACGGCUGAAUGCAUAUGCAGGUUCGAAGAGCACAGGAAAGUGGAAUAGUUCUCAUGGUGUACGAAGUGUGGUCUUUCAAGUUCUCGCCUGAACAUAAUGUUCUGCCCUUUCUGUCGUGGCGGAGGCUUCUCUGGGCUCUCUAUAGUUAUUUACUCCUCUCCUUUAUUUGGGCUAUGACCAGCAACGAUGAAGUGAUAAUUCUCUUUCCAGCAUUCACCAACAGUCACUUUUGCUAAAGUGAUAACUCUACCCGCAAUUUUCAACAAUGUAACUCUCAAUUUUUCAUCUGACAAAAAGGAAAUGAUUAUUUACCGUGUAUAUUCCAAC